GAGAGUGCCACUAAACGGAGAGCCGCUCGUGCUGCUAAGGAAAAGACUCUGGAGCAGCUGUGUGAGGAGCUAGGAGUGGAAGAUGUGGAGCUGACAUAUUCUACUGAUGACUUCGAGAACUGGACUGUUCAGAAGCUUUUUAAUCAGUAUGUGCAGCCGCUAAUCGUUGAGAAGAAUCCGCAUGUGCCGAAGGAGCACAUUGUGCAAAUUUUGGAUGCAAAGUGGAAGGAGUUCGCCAUAAUGAACCCAUACAUUCCCAAAGGGGAAGAGGACCUUCCGGACGAUGAAGAAGAAAGCAGCACUCUGGCAGCUCCAAGCAACAGUUUUGUGGUGGAGGAUGAGGCUGAGGCUGAAGACACAGAGAGCACAGUAGUAGUUACCACCACCACCACCCCAGCUGUACCUCGCCGUGUCUCUUCUCGCCAUCUGAGAGCUGCAGCGGCGGCAGUAGUGGUGUCGACCGCAUCCGCGACCUCGGUGGGUAGUAGUGUAGGGACGGCAGUGGUAGUUCCAGUGGCUGCAACAGCAACAGAAAUUCCGGGUGAAAGUGGAGAGGUCAGCCAAUCCUCCCCUGCCUCCUCCUCUGCAGCAGCCACACCCGCCUCCUCGCAAGCCGCGCCAUUAAGAAUUAAAAUUAGCAAAAAGAAGAAGCGCAAGACUCCUGGAGGUAGAAGCGGUGGCCGUCGCAGAGAGGGUGGAGGUCGAUUAGUUGGUGACAAUACGAGUGACGAGGAAUUCGAACGUCAGUUGGAGGAAGCAGAGGCCUUACAAGAGGAGGAACAGAAACGACGUAAGCAACAGCGUAGCCUUAAUGCGCGCAGAGCUGCGGCCGCGGCUCGAGCCUCUGCCGCUGCAGCAACGGCGCAGAUGCAUGUUAGCGCUUCGGCACCUAAUCUUGCUGCCAGUGCUAGUGGCGUAAAACGCAGCAUCAUUGCGCGAGUGCCUCUUAUGGGUGGAAAUAGGCAGACAGAGGAUGGAUAUGAGACGGAUCACCAGGAUUACUGUGACGUUUGUCAACAAGGUGGGAAUAUUAUGCUCUGUGACACCUGUCCUCGUGCCUACCACCUGGUCUGCCUUGAUCCUGAGCUAGAGGAGGUUCCUGAAGGUGUAUGGUCUUGUCCACAUUGCGAGAAGCAGGGCAUCACUGCAGCGCAUCGUAGCAUUACCGAUCCUCCCGCCGCUCCAGACGAAGGUGCCUCUACGGCCAGCGAGGGUCCUGUCCACGUAUCCCGCAAGGCAUCCGCAGCAGGUGGUGCUGAAGAAGAGGGUGAACGCGACGAGCACCAGGAGUACUGCUCUGAGUGUCGUGAUGGCGGCGACCUCAUCUGCUGUGAGAAUUGCCCUGCUAGCUAUCAUCUAGGCUGUCUAGAUCCACCACUCUCGCAAAUUCCAGAGGGUGUAUGGUUGUGUCCUCGCUGUGGGUGUAAGCCACUCAAGGGUCGAGUCUCGAAGAUUCUCUUCUGGAGGUGGCGUGAACCCCCUAAAACUGUUAUUUCUGUGAUGGAGGAUGUGGAAAGAAAGGAAAUUGAGAAUGACAGAAGUGAAAAAGAUGGUCCUCACCCUUCGACUCCUCUUACUGCUUCUGAUUCACAGACAGGAGAAGGGGAACAGUCGUCAACGUGUGCUGGUGCUGUUGCGGUAACGGCACCUCAUUCGUCAGGGAGAAAGAAACCCACUAGGGAGUUCUUUGUCAAGUUUCACGAGAUGUCCUAUUGGGCUUGUGAGUGGGUGACAGAGUUGCAGUUGGAGGUCUUCCAUUCCCUUAUGCUGCGGGUCUUUUCGAAGAAGUAUGACAUGGAGGAACCACCACUGCCAGAAGACGGUAGCUCUUAUCGGUCAGUAUUCGUAUUUAUAACUCUACUUCAUCACAAAUUGGCGGGAGAUAAAGCGUUUUCUAAUCUUUUUGAUUGUACUUCUACUGAAAGUAGUAGUUCUGUGUCUGAAACUACCCUAUCUACUUCCGUCUGGCAAACUCCCUUUACCUCCGCCGACAAGUCAGCUAAUUUUGGAAACGGGUUUUCAUCUUCCAAAAUAGUGUGA